CAAAAAAGAAAAGCAAAAAAGAAGCGAAAACAAAGAAGUAAAAAAAAAGAAAUUGAAAAGAAUAAUAUGCGAAAGCAAAAGCAGCAAAGUGAAGACAACAAAGCAAAAACAACCAAGCAAAAACAGCAAAGCAAAAACAAUAAAACAAAAGCAGCAAAGUGA